UGGACUGACCGCCCCGGCCCGGCCCGAGCUGACACCAUGAACCGGCUGAUCCUUUGCACGCUGCUUCUCUUGGCCCCCAGGGAGCUAGCUGGGGCAUGUCCCGCAGGCUGCCAGUGCCAAGACCCCAAGACCAUCCUAUGCGCAGCCAGACGGGGCCACACCGUGCCCCGGGGGCUGCCCCCCAACACCCUCUCCCUCUACGUCUUUGAGAACGGCAUCACGAUGCUGAGUGAGGACAGCUUUGCAGGCCUGCCUGCCCUCCAACUCCUGGACCUCUCACAAAACAAGAUCACCAGCAUCCAGAAAAACAUCUUCCAGCCCCUGACAGAGCUUGUCAACUUGGACCUGUCCUCCAACCAGCUGCAGGAGAUCACCAAUGAGACCUUCCACGGGCUGCGGCUGCUGGAGCGGCUCUACCUGCAGAGGAACAGGAUCCAGCACAUCCACGCUGCCGCCUUUGACACGCUGGAGAACCUGCUGGAGCUGAAGCUGCAGAACAACCAGCUCUGGGCUGUGCCCCCCCUCGACCUGCCCAACCUCCUGCUGCUGGACAUCAGCUGGAACAAGAUCCCCACCAUUGCACCGGGGGCCUUCCAUGCUGUCAACAUCGAGUCCCUGAAGAUUGCGGGGCUGGGCCUGACGAGCUUAAACGAGGAGCUCUUCCAGGCCCAGAACAACCUCCAUGAGCUGGAUGUCUCCGACAACCUGCUGGAGCGUGUCCCGGUGGUGCUGCGGCGGCUGGGGAGCCUCACCAAGCUCAGCCUGGCUGGCAACGCCCGCAUCUCCCAGCUGCCGGCGGAGGACUUCCACAACCUUCACAACCUCCAGGAGCUGGACAUCAGCAACCUCAACAUCAACACCAUCCCUCGGGAUUUCUCCAGCUUCUUCCCCAGGCUGCGGGCCAUGACGGCCGCCGGCAACCCCUUCAACUGCAUCUGCCAGAUGAGCUGGCUGGUGCAGUGGGUGAACGCCAGCAGCGUGGUCCUCCGGCGGCCUGAGGAGACGCGCUGCCACUUCCCCCCAAAAAACUCCGGCAAGCUCCUCCACCACCUGCAGUACGCUGACUUCGGCUGCCCCACCACCACCACCACCACCCCCCCCACCACCCCGCGCACCACCACGCUGCCGCCGCCCGCACCGCUCCCCACCAGCAGCCGCCCGGCGCCGCAGCCCACCACUGCCGCUCCCACUCUGGCGGCCCGGGGCCCCCAGGGCAGCUCCACGCCGGUGCCCUUCAGUGGCCCCCCAGCCCCCACUAGCCCUCUGCUUCCCAUCUGUCCCCCUCGCACGUGUCUGAACGGUGGCACCUGCCACCUGGGUGCCCAAAACCACCUGGAGUGCCUGUGCCUGGAGGGUUUCACUGGGGCAUACUGCCAGGUGGAAGUGAGGGGGACGACGCCAUCCCCGGCCACGCAGGCCCCGCCGCCCGCUCGGCAGAUCAGCAUCGCACAGGUCAGCAGCACCUCUCUCAAAGUGGACUUGCAGAACUACGUCCAGUCCAAAGCACAACUGAAGGGCAUCCGCUUGAGCUACCGAAAUCUCUCCGGGCCGGACAAGCGGCCAGUGAUGCUGCGUUUGCCAGCUUCACUCUCCGAGUACACGGUGCGGGCGCUGAAGCCCAACUGCACCUACCGCGUCUGCAUUGGGCCCCUGGGGGAGAAGGUCUCCAAGGAGGAGCACUGUGCCGAGGCGCAGACCUUGCCGGUGAGCCACCAGCAGCACUCCCCCGUCACCCAGAGCAAGGACAGCAACCUCACCCUGAUGAUCGUCCCUGCCCUGGCUGCCGUGCUGCUGCUGGUGGUGGUGGUGACUGCCGGCACAUACUACCGCCGGCACCGCCGGGCGAAGGCGCAUGCCGGUGCCGGGGUGGACGCCAGCCCGCUGGAGCUGGAAGGGGUGAAAGCCUGCCUGGAAAACGGGGAUUUGAGCAGCCAUGGCCGCAAGGUGCCGGAGGCGGCGAUGCUUUCCGGUGGCUCUGAGUGUGAGGUCCCGCUCAUGCAGUCGCACUACCCCAGCAACAACAACACCCCAGGGCUCAAACCCUCCUAUUUCUGA